AUGAUUAUAUGGAUCAGAAGGAUUAGAAGAAAAUAUUCAGAGCUGACGAGAUUGAAAAAGGCACUGCUUUUAGGAGCUACUGUUUUUAUUCUAUGGAUAUGCGGAUUACUAGACAAAGCUAGAGAGGAAGACUUCGCCGAGUUCGAAUGGCCACGACUUGCAAAUCAAGAGUCCACCGACAGCCAUUUCAUGCAGUUUCCAAUAUGCAGGCUGGACAGUGACGCGUUGAAGUUAAUGAUUCUGAUAAAAUCGAGCUCAAAAAACAGACAGAUGCGGGAAUCAGUUAGAAGAACAUGGGGAUCGUAUAGAGUAGUUGAUGAAGUUCAAGUCAUGUCAGUAUUCAUACUCUUCGCGGCGUUGGACUAUGCAGGAAAUCCAAGCGGUUGUGUUUUACCUGAUUUUUCCUUUUUAGUAGAUGAUGACUACAUGGUUCACAUUCCAAACUUGAUAAAAUUUCUGAAGACGAAAAGUAAAAAUGAUCUAGUCUACGAAGGAUUCGUUUUUGAUUCAUCGCCAUUCCGACUCAAGCUUCACAAGCACAGCAUCUCGCUAGACGAGUACCCGUAUUCCAGAUACCCUCCAUAUGUUUCUGCUGGUGCCGUCUUUCUCACUUCAGCUACAGUGGAACGGUUCAAGAAUACAAUGCGACAGUUGAAAAUGUUCCCAUUCGACGAUGUUUUCACUGGGAUAUUGGCGAAAUCUGUUGGUGUUCUAACGACUCACAACGAAAACUUCAUAUUUUGGAAUCGACAUGUGACACGGGCUGAAUGGGAUGAUGGAGUGAUUGCAGUGCAUGAAUACGCUAGGAAGAAUUUGGAAGACAAGUACAAUCAACUAUUCGGGUAA